AUGGCAAGGCGAUUGGAACUGUACACAUUGAAACAUUCUUUCAUGCCACCUGAUGCAUCAUUCCCAAAUCAUAAGGUACCUGCCCUGCAGGAAAGUUCGGAGACUCCUGCAGCUAUUCCUGUCACUGUCAAGGAGGGACCGUGUGUAACUCCACCACAGGAGAAUGUCCUGGGGCCUGUGCACUGCAGUGGAGGGAUGGGAAGAAACGCAUUUGCCAAAGAGGCAAAAAACGUGGCCUUCAACAAGACAGCCACCUCUACAUCUUGGUCAUAUGGUGUCAGCUGGUCUCCAGACAAGGCUGUGGACGGCAACAGGAACCAGUACAUGCAUGGCGGCUCCUGCUUCCACUCUGAUAUUAACUACAAGGCUAUGUGGAAGGUGGACCUGGGACGGCAGUACAGGAUACGUCAUGUUACAGUCUACCACAGGGAUAUACAUUUAAACAGGAUAGCUAACUGCACCGUGCACCUGAGUAAUGACAACACCACUGACGGGACACUCUGCUACACCUUCCCUGUCACUGUCAACAACUCAGUGAUCGACCUGGUGUGUGACGGCAGGGGCAGAUACCUCACCAUCAGGAACCAGGGGAUAGCCGCUGACCAUGAUGACACGCUCAACAUCUGUGAAGUGGAAAUAUACGAAUGCAGUCUUGGGACGUACGGAGAAUUUUGUGACAAGUUCUGUCACUGUCACAGCAGCUCUUGUGAACAAAACACCGGCAUGUGUCCUGGAGACUGUCGACCAGGGUGGCAGGGAGACAGGUGUAAACCGUGUGCUGGGAGGAAGUGUGCUUACACUAACUCAUCAUGUGACCGCUACAACGGGUCAUGUGACACUGGAUGUCUCGAGGGUUGGACGGGUGAUGACUGCACACUAGAAUGUAGGAAUGGAACUUACGGAGACGCAUGCGCGGACCAAUGUCAGGAAAGGAACUGUAAGGGAACUUCGCCAUGUCAUCACGUGACUGGGAAGUGUGAACCCGGAUGCGAGGCCGGAUGGACAGGUGAAGACUGCACAAGGGAAUGCUAUGGUGUCGACUGCAAGAAACCGUGUGCUGAGAGGAAGUGUGCUUACACUAACUCAUCAUGUGACCGCUACAACGGGUCAUGUGACACUGGAUGUCUCGAGGGUUGGACGGGUGAUGACUGCACACAAGAAACUGCUCGAGAGACCAUGGCGACACACCAGCGACACAUUAGUGUGGACACCGUGCGUUGA